GCUCCGGGGCGGAGACCCACAGCUGUCUCCCACGAGGCACGGGCGCGCGUUCCUGGCCUCGGUUCGCACCAGCAAGCCGGCCGGCGGUCCCAGCGUGGGCCCCGACACUCCACGGCCAGCUUCCUGGUUGGCGCGGGACGCUCCCAGUCUGGAGUCACUUAUGAUAUGGUACUUUUUGACUAAUUAGGAAUGGUGUGUGCUUCCGUCCCCCAAAUGCAGCCCCUUCCGGAGUGGGAGGAGGCGAAUCUGUAGUCCGCAUAAACAGUCUAGGGAAAAAUAAUAUUGUACUAAAGAUCAAAGUGGUUUUACUAUUGUGCACAAAGGCGAAGGUGACCCGUAUUUUAUAUGUAGACCUGUGCUUUCUAGUACCACUUGGGCAAGUACUAGCGCAAGAGUUGUUUUGUAUCCCGAAAAGGUCAUUUCCACCCUCAUAUAGUUUAAAGCAUACAUACACCUGGUGCCUCCUUCUGAUAGUUUUAAAUUUCCCAUUUGGGGUUUGCUCUUUGGUAUGCAGGGCAGAUGUUUCUCAUUUUCCCCGUAACAAAAGUUUAAUUGGUUGGGGUUAAAGUAAACAUGAAGUGAUAUUCUUUAAUUUUGUAUAGCUGAAAACUAUUCUGUGAAGUCCUUAGUUUGUCAUUUUGUUUAUUUCUGCUACUUCGCUAACAUGGACGUUUUGGUUUCCAUGUCUUUACAAGUCUAAGGUAAAUUCUAGAAUUGCAGAAGCGAUUUUUCCCCCCCUUUGGUAGAAAUGCAGUCCUGCAGCCCUGAAGAGCAAGUUAGGGAAAAUGAAAAAAGAGGAAAAAUUUCAAGGAUAGGGAGGGAGUUUAAGCAGAGAUAGAAAGGAAGAUAUAAAAGACAAAACAAACAAAAAAACCUGAAUAGGAAUGGAAGCGUGUUACCAGCAGUUGGUUAUUAGGUUACUGAAAAAGUGUUGGAUUUUUUUUUUUUUUAAUGUACCUGUGGAUGGAGAAAUAUGUCAUUUACUACAUUUUAGAGUGUCAUUUGUGCUUCUUUUCUUCAGAUUUAUCAGUUUCACACUAGGCAGUCCUUUCACAGGGACAUAUGUGAUUGCUUCGGGAGUUUAACUUUGGUCACAUUCUCAGCCUGGUUAAAGUUAAGAAAUGGAUUUCUUAAUCUUUUUUUUUGUUUGUUUUCUUUCGUUUAUACUGCUUCACAACCACUUGUGGCCAAUGAGGAUGACAUAAAAACAAUAAACUGUUAACUGAAUAGUCAUUAGAAAAAGUUUGCUUUGUAUCUGGAAAGCAGAAAGUGAACCAGUGCCGUUUUUCUUGAUCGGACCAUGUUUUAUGCUUCCUUCAUAGAGAAGGUGACGGCUGCUGAGCUUCGUGCUUACCUGAAAUCUAAAGGAGCUGAGAUCUCAGAAGAGAAUGCAGAAGGCGGACUUCAUGUAGAUUUAGCUCAAAUUAUUGAAGCCUGUGAUGUAUGUCUGAAGGAAGAUGAUAAAGAUGUUGAAAGUGUGAUGAACAGCGUGGUUUCCCUCCUCUUGAUCCUGGAACCAGACAAGCAAGAAGCUUUGAUUGAAAGCCUGUGUGAAAAGCUGGUCAAAUUUCGAGAAGGUGAACGUCCAUCUCUGAGACUGCAGUUGCUGAGCAACCUUUUCCACGGGAUGGAUAAGAAUACUCCUGUAAGAUACACAGUGUAUUGUAGCCUCAUUAAAGUGGCCGCGUCUUGUGGGGCCAUCCAGUACAUUCCAACUGAGCUGGAUCAAGUUAGAAAAUGGAUUUCUGACUGGAAUCUCACCACUGAAAAAAAACACACCCUUUUAAGACUACUUUAUGAGGCACUUGUGGACUGCAAGAAAAGUGAUGCUGCUUCAAAAGUUAUGGUGGAAUUGCUCGGAAGUUACACGGAGGACAAUGCUUCCCAGGCUCGAGUUGAUGCCCACAGGUGUAUUGUACGAGCAUUGAAAGAUCCAAAUGCAUUUCUUUUCGACCACCUUCUUACUUUAAAACCUGUCAAGUUUUUGGAAGGCGAGCUUAUUCAUGAUCUUUUAACCAUUUUUGUGAGUGCUAAAUUGGCAUCAUAUGUCAAGUUUUAUCAGAAUAAUAAAGACUUCAUUGAUUCACUUGGUCUGUUGCAUGAACAGAAUAUGGCAAAAAUGAGACUACUUACUUUUAUGGGAAUGGCAGUGGAAAAUAAAGAAAUUUCUUUUGAUACAAUGCAGCAAGAACUUCAAAUUGGAGCUGAUGAUGUUGAAGCAUUUGUUAUUGAUGCGGUAAGAACUAAAAUGGUCUACUGCAAAAUUGAUCAGACCCAGAGAAAAGUAGUUGUCAGUCAUAGCACACAUCGGACAUUUGGAAAACAGCAGUGGCAACAACUCUAUGACACACUUAAUGCCUGGAAACAAAACUUGAACAAAGUGAAAAACAGCCUUUUGAGUCUUUCUGAUACAUGAAUUUUUAUGCAUAUAAUUUUGUUCUUUUUGGGGGAAAAAAACCCUAAAUCAUAGUAAAACAUUAUAAA